CCGGUUAUUGAACGUGUGGAAGACAAAGCGCGUGCUCAAAAAAAAAAACCAUCUCUGCUUGGUCAAAAUUAUUUGCUCGAAUCGGUGUAAACAUAUAAAACUCCCCGAGACACGAAACAUUUUGGAAUAUUCCGGAGGAGUCUGUUGAAAAACCGCCGCCAUGUUUCUGCAGUUUUAUCUCAACGAGGACGGAGAGAGAGUUUAUACACUGAAGAAGGUGGAUCCAGAGGGCCGCCCGACCAGCUCUGCCCACCCGGCUCGCUUCUCGCCUGACGACAAGUUCUCCAGACACCGAGUGACCGUGAAGAAGCGCUUCGGGUUACUGCUCACCCAACAGCCACGACCUGUCCUGUGAAGUGCAAAGACGACAAAAAAAAAAAGGACGUUCAUUGUGGCACUCAAUUAUGUAUUCUAAUAGCAAAAUGUGCAAUUUUUUGUUUUGAAGAAAUGCCUGACGUUGAAUAAAAAGACUAUUUGUAGUACGGUU